AUGAUUUUUUUUCCGUACGAGAUACUGCAUGGGGAUCCGAGUGUGUCUGCGACUGACCGCGACAGUACAAUCACUCACGACUCGGAAUUGUUCUACGACGUUUCUCCUAAGACCAUUGAGUUAAGUCCAAGCUCCAUGACGGAAGUGGAUUCCUAUGAAAUAGCCGACAAUCACACACCUAACGCUUCGAUUGUUGGUCAGUGCGAACUAGUUUUAUUCUCUGAUCGUUUCGAAAAUAUUUAUGCGAUGUUCUCAUUAUUUAUCAUCUGA